GUUUCUCACGAGCUUCUGUAAGAUGUUGUCGAUGCGGCUCUAAGACGACGUCUGCCCUUCACGUGACAACUCAAACCCAAGACGGUUAGUUCAUAAUCCUUCACCAAAGCCGAGGCUUGCGGUCCAGCUCUCCCAUCACUACGUCUUCCCAACCACCCGACUUCAUAUUGACAAGUACCACGCCUGUUCGAGCUCAUACAAAGUACAAACUCUGUAUGUACGCGAUUCUGCGCCGCUGGUAGUCAACAUGGUCCGCGAGGACCUCGUCUCGUCGGCAAUCACCUUCCUUCAAGAUUCAUCCGUCGCCAAUGCUCCGCUCGAGAAGCGCAUAGCUUUCCUCCAGUCGAAGAACCUCACCCAGGAAGAAAUAGAUGUCUCCCUAGCACGUGCUGCGGAAGAUCCCAACUAUGGCGCCGCAACUCCUCCGCCCUCUUCUGCGCCGUCGAAUUAUGGGUAUAGGCAACCUCCGCAGCAACCCGCGGGCUAUGGAUAUCAGGGCGGAUUCUGGCCACAAGCGCCGCCACCAGAACCACCAAAGCGUGAUUGGCGCGACUAUUUCAUCAUGGCGACCGUCAUGGGUGGCGUAGGAUACGGCCUCUACUUCACCGCGAAACGCUACAUCCUACCCAUCAUCAAGCCUCCGACCCCUCCCCAACUCGCACAAGACAAAGCGUCGAUAGAUGAGUCCUUCAACCGCGCCUUUGCCCUCCUCGACCAGCUGAACACCGACACCACCGCGCUAAAAGCAUCUGAGGAGGCUCGUUCAAAGCGGCUGGAUAGCGCACUGGAAGAAAUGGAACAGGUACUAGGGGGUCUGAAGGAGGCUAGCAAGAGGCAAGGAGAUGACAACCGGCGGAUUGAAGACGAUGUCAGGGGAUUGCGGGACCUUAUCCCGAAGGCGCUCGACGCACACCGCGAGACUACCGAUGGCAGGCUCAAGGACUUAGGAACCGAGCUGAAGAGCCUCAAGACUCUUGUAGGGAACCGUAUGGGUGCUGGUGCUGCUAGACCACCCAGCGUGGCCGGCGGUAACGUGCUAGGUAGCUCGGUUGCAUCUCCGCCAGCUGUGAACGGUACUUCGACACUAGCGCCUGCCCCUACGCCCGCGGCUCCGGAGGCUCCGACAAGCGGUACCGCUACGCUUCCCACACCAGCCACUGCACCAGCUUCUACACCCGAGCGAACGGGGUCGCCGUAUGGCAGGUUAGCGAAUGGAAGGGCAGCCAUCCCGGCGUGGCAGAUGGCGGCAGCGAAGAAGACGCAGGAGGAGAAAAAGGACACGAGCGAGAGCGGGACAGUGACCGAGGCUGCUUCGAGCUCAUAGCUCAAGCUUCAUUAGCAAUGGAAAAUCGUAAUGUUUGAGCGCUUGGAUUGGAUGGCAAUAUUCUUGGUCUGUAUUAUUGCUGGGCACGGCGAUUUCAUGUAUAUGGCGCAAUUCAAGAGCUUUUGUCUUCAAUAAGAUAUUAUGUGCAAAAUUAGAUGCCUGAGAAGCCGGAAACU